AUGAGCUCUUCUGUGGAAAACGACAGCGGUGCGGAGGAGGAGACGAUUAAUGGAGAUGUGCCAGUGCCGGCGGCAGAGGAGACCCCCGCGAUACAUAAAAGCAAUGGGAACGGGUCGCAUCCUGCUGGAGGGCGCAUCGUGGAGUUGUUGCAGGAGGAACGAGAUGGAGCAUCAACGCCGGAGCAGUUGGGAAACGGCACCAACCGAUAUAAAGUUGUCCAGCAGCUAGACAAUGAAUCUGAAGAUGGGUCGUCAGAGGCUCUGCCUCGGCGAGCUGGAAGCCCUCUCGAAUCAAUCCUGUCAAACCCAGAUGAUUCUCCAUCAGUUCAGGGCUCUUUUAUGUCUUCUCCGGCAGGAAGCAGCUUGCUUCCCUCCGUGGCGUCGAGGCCAGGUCUCGAAAGCCCGAGUCCCUCCUUUCGACCCUUUGACCGUCGUUUCCAAUCGCGUCUCUCAAGCUCCACAUACACUCUAUCCCGCGCCUCCUCACCUGCCUUUCCCAGAGGCCACUCACGGCAAACCUCUAUGAGUAGCCAAAUGAUCGAAGCGGGGGACACCGAUACCCCGUCGCCUCCUUGGGAAGUAGUGCGAUGGACGAAGCUGAAGAAGCUGAACGGCCAGGCGUUUUCUGAGGUUGGCAAACGCAAUUUUGGCGUGCCAACGUGUAUAGCAGUGUCUGUAUCGAUAGUGUUGGGAACCUCGAAGGGAAUAAUUCUAAUUUUCGAUUAUCACCAAAACCUCAAGUCAAUCAUUGGACCUGGUACAAAGGCUGUCGAAUGUGGUGCCGUUACCUCCGUUGCUAUUUCUGCAGAUCACUUGGUAGUUGCUGCAGGCCAUGCAAACGGUAGCAUUUUCACAUGGGAGACAGCAAGAGCAGCUCGUCCCUUUCUCCAUAUUCCGAGCAUUGAGCCUUCGCAGAUGAAAAACCGUACAAUUGAUGGCCAUGUUCUAAACUUUUCUAUUAGGCAUUUGGGCUUUCUCGGAACUAGGCACACAGCCCUCGUCUCUGCUGAUGACCGAGGAAUGGCUUUCUCACACCUUGCGACAAGAGGCAUGGGUGCCGUAGGGCGCUCUGUUAAGACUACUCGUAUAUUAGGCCGAUACCCCAGUGACAUCAGUACUACUGGAAAGCCACGGAAACCAAGUACUGUACUGGCCUUUGCUCCACUCCCCCUUGGCAAUGUUGAGCGAGGUACAGAUACUUUGGGGCUCACAGCAAUGCUCACUCCUUAUUUGCUUGUGAUCGUCUCAACGACCCCAAUUGCUGAGACACAACAUAAAGCAGCACGGCCAAAGGAAGUAGCUGCCCAUAGUGCUAUGAGUGGCUGUUUGGCGUGGUUUCCAGCAGUCAAAUUAAAGGUCAAGGAUCCUGUCACUGGUAGUGAGGUAUCCAAAGUAAAGCUUGUAUACUGCUGGUCUAAUGUCUUGACUGUUCUGGAUGUUGAUGAAAUCGAAUCUUCUGAUAAGGACAAGCCCCCGACCCUCUCUUUCAAUGCUCGCAGCCGGUGGAAAGCAGAUGAAGCCAUUGUUGCUGUUCAAUGGCUCAGUCGGUCAGUGCUCACUGUUCUAACCAUUACCCAACGAUUGAUCAUUUUGGAGGAUGGAAGCAUGCGCAUGACGGAAGCUUUUGAUCUCGUCCAGAAACAUAUUUACCACCAAGAUCUGUUCUCGAGGCAGUUGCAUAAUCUUGUCGAGCAACUGGAUGAGGAAGAUCCGUCAAUGCAUGGUGUUGUGGCUGAUGCAUUUUACAUGAGCUUCAAGGCAUACAAAGGUCGGAUGUUCCUUCUUGGGUUCAAUGAUAUAUCCAUUGGAAUCCUAUCGAAUUGGGCAGAUCGACUCAUUGCGUUGAUGGAAGAUGGUGACUACAUUGGUGCAAUCCAACUCGCAACAUCUUACUACACAGGCGACGCUGAUAAGCUCACAAUUGGCCUCCCUGAAGACUCAGAGCUGCGGCAUUCGAUGGUGCGGGAAAAGUUGAUUGAAAUCAUGACAGCAUCACUCAAGUUUGCUUCUGGACAGCGACGGAAGGAUCCAGUCACGACCGGCGAUGGCCACUUGAGGGGUUUGGCCGAAGCAUGUUUUGAAGCUUGUCUCAGCAUAGGUGAUAUUGAUUUUCUCUUCGAUGAAGCCUAUGAGUGGUAUGAGCACAGCGAUUCCGAGGGCAUCUUCCUCGAGACACUGGAACCAUAUAUCGUCGAGAAGCAAAUUACUACCAUACCUCCAACGAUUGUCAAGGCAAUAAUCACUCAUUAUGUGAGCAGAGGCUUAGAAACUCGACUGGAAGAAAUGAUUUGUCAUAUGGAGACGGCUACCCUCGACAUAGACCAAAUCACCACUCUUUGCAAACAGCACAACCUGUACGAUGCGCUGAUCUAUGUGUGGAAUCAGGCACUCCACGAUUAUAUCACGCCCCUUAUUGAUCUUUUAUCUUUGUUGAUACCCUUAGUCCAGAAUGGAGACUAUGUUAUAAAUGGGAAAGUCAUGGAAGAUCCAGUCUUUGGCGUUAACGCCUUGAAAAUGUUUCCAUACAUGUCUUACACUUUCACUGGCCGGGUCUAUCCCACUGGUGAACUUCUUGGGGAGGAGGAAGCCAUAAACGCCAAAGCCGAGUUGUAUUGGUUCAUGUUCUCAGGAAAGACAAUCACCUGGCCCAAGGGGAGCAAGAAGCCCUUUUUGACGCAGCCUACACAGGAGCAGGAGCCAUCUUUCCCGUAUCUUCGCAUGAUUUUGAAGUUCGAUGCCCCUAGCUUUCUCAGUGCUAUGAACGAAGCUUUUGAAGACUCGUUUCUUAAUGAUACACCCGAGAGAGCGGUCAAUGGUGGCUCCAACCGCAACCUGCCAGAAGAGCGCGUAUUUGGGCUGUCUGUCAAUAGGCAAUACAUUAUCACGAUUCUGUUGGAAAUCAUGAAUCCGAAUGAAUUUGCUCCAGAGGACACAAUCUACCUCGAUAUGUUCAUUGCACGCAACCUCCCGAAGUUUCCUCAGUACUUGCUACUAUCCGGGACAGCUCUGCAUAAGGUUCUCAUAGGACUUUGCAACUAUCCUGGAGAGGACAUUGCAGAUGAUGCACAAUUAAGUGCUGAAUACUUGCUGUCCGUCUACCACCCGCCAGAUCUCAUGGAUUUGUUGCCACUUUUCCGAAAGGCUGGUUUCUAUCGGGUUCUCAAGCGCAUAUAUAAAUCGGAGAGACAGUACGACAAAUUGCUGGAAACCUUCCUUGAGGACCCCAACGAUCGGGAGUCGAUCUUCGACUGUCUAGCUGACUGUUUGAGGCCCCGGUCAGGUCUCACCAAGAGACAAAUAAAGGGAGUCCACGAAGUGAUUGAGGCUCAUGCAAGUCAACUUGUCUACCUUGAUCCGGAGAGAACUGCCCAAACCAUGGAAUUAUACGCCCCUUCGCUCCACCAAACACUCUUAGAUUCCAUUACAGAUGGUUUGGAAGUCCAGUAUAUCUAUCUUCGCACAAUAUUAGAGCCAGCGACCAGAGAGAUCGAUGAUGCGAAACGUGAAUCAAGAGGUGCAUUUACUGAACGCUACGUGCAGUUGAUGUGCAAGUUCGAUCCAUCACAUGUUGUGGAGUAUAUUGAAUCAGUAGAGGCAAGCAAUUUGCGUCUCGAUAAGGUCUUACCGUCCAUGGAAGAAAGUGGUGUUGUCGACGCUGCCGUGAUUCUGAUGUCUCGGGAUGGCCAGAUACGAGAAGCAAUGGACCGACUCCUUAUGCAUCUGAAGAAAUUGGAAGCUGCCCUUGUUGGCCUACUGAGUGGCUCGGCUGAGGAUAUGCAAUCCAUGCAAGCGGGAGAGGCUGCCGAAGACCUUCUAGCUGCCUUACAAAAAUAUACUAAUGUUGGUAUUUGGCUUUGUCAAGGGCAGGCAAAGGCUUCACACCUUCGUGCAAUCACAUCACCAACUCGAAAAAAGCCUGUGCCAAAGAACGAGCUUCUCCCCGAGGAAGUACUGUGGUUAGACUUGAUCGAUAUUACGGUGCAGAUUACACGGAAACUCUCAGCAAGCUUGAGUGAUUUUGAGGGAUCGCCAGUCACGAAUAUUGAGCCUGAUAAAUUGCUUACUCAGUUGCGCACACUUGUCCAGCGUAGCUUUACUGCUUUACUAACAUCGACCUCGACACCUUCCCCUUCCGGCACCAACUUGUCAUUUUUGCGAAUUCUUCGGGCUUUCCUGACCCGAGCGUCAAUUUCUUCACCGAAUCUCAGCGAUUUAAGGGCUGUCCUUGCUUCUAUCUUCUCUGCAUAUGCCUACGAGGAGAGCAUUCUUGGCCUUGCCAAUCGACUGCUAGAGAAAGAUUUGUUCGUUAACGUACAAUCUGCUGCUGCCCUCCGCCAACGUGGCUGGAGACCACGCGGUUCUACUUGUGAAGGCUGUGGUCGUCGGGUCUGGGGUCCAGGGGUCUCAGGAGAUGUAUUUGGUGAAUGGGAAAAGAGACAAGAGUUGGAGCUCAAGAGAAAACAGGAACAACGGGCCCAAUUGGCUGGAGGCAAUGUGGAGCGAGGAAAGGGCAGAGCUCAUGUCAGAAAUGUGAGUACGGCCAGCAUUUCGGAAAACCCUAAACAUAAAGGCAAGAGUGUAGAUGCGGAGGAUGGCCAGCGGGCGGGAGGCCAACUUGAGUCGAGACCGCAGCAAGGAUUGGAACCUUUGGUUGUACUUGCUUGUAGGCAUAUUUAUCACCAGUCGUGCUUGGAGGCUAUGCAGAUUGAUGGCCAGGCUGCGGGAGAUCUGUCUGACGGCAGGGAGUUCAGGUGUCCUAUAGAUGGGUAG